UCUCCAGAGAAGGCUAUAAAUUUCUCUUUCGCAACUCAGACGCGAAGAAGAUUUCACAAUAUUCUCUCUAUCCAAAACCCAAAACCACAAAACCCACUAGCAAGAACAAGAAUCACACCACAACGAACAACAUAGAGAAGCCAAAAAAAGCUCAAUUUUCGUAACAGAGACGCAAGUUUGCAGAGAUUUGUAUAAAGAUUGAGUUCUUCUUCGCUCAUGAUAGCUCAGAACAUUGAAUUUCAAAGAAAUACAAUGAUGGGUCUUCUUGAUCAAGCUUCUAACUUGACUUCUCUACCCUUGGAUUAUUCGAGAAAGAGGAAGUCACGGAGUAGACGUAAUGGAUCUAAAUCUGUAUCACAGACCCUAGCUAAAUGGAAAGAAUACAAUGACAAACUUGAUUCUUCGGAUGAAGGUGCUAAACCUGUACGGAAAGUUCCGGCCAAGGGAUCAAAGAAAGGAUGUAUGAAGGGGAAAGGAGGGCCUGAGAAUUCACAUUGCAAUUACAGAGGUGUUAGGCAAAGAACAUGGGGCAAAUGGGUUGCCGAAAUUCGGGAGCCAAACAGGGGCAGCAGGCUCUGGCUAGGUACUUUCCCAACUGCCCGUCAAGCUGCUAUGGCUUAUGAUGAAGCUGCAAAGGCAAUGUAUGGUCCUUGUGCACGUCUCAACCUUCCUAAUGGUGUCUCCUUGAGUGAAUCUGGAAAGGAAUCUACUUCAUUGCCAACUACAUCGGUUUCUGAUUCAACAACUACUUCAAUCCAAUCCGAGGUAUGUGCGUCUGAGGAUUUGAUGGUGAAUCUUGAUGCUCUGAAGGUCAAGCACGAGGACGAUAACAGGCUUUCUACAAUCUGUAGUGUUAGUACACCAAUGAGUGUGGUGAAGGAUAAAAUAAAGGAGGAGCCUGUGGAUUUUAAUGUGGAAUCUGAACUUGGUUACGGACAAAAUUACCCGCAGAAUUUCACUUUUGAUGAUGAGAUGUUUGAUGUGGAUGAGCUACUGGGCGCUCUAGGCUCAACGUCUGUCCAUGAUUUGGGCAGUUUGGGACAAUCUCUUGACUAUAAUAAAUUCAAUGGCGAAAUGCCCUCGGAUUUGUCAUACCAGUUGCAGAAUCCGGAUGCGAAGUUGCUUGGAAGUUUGCACCAUAUGGAGCAAGUACCUUCAGCUGUGGAUUAUGGUUUUGAUUUCUUGAGGCCAGGGAGACAGGAGGACCAUAAUUUUGCCUUGGAUGAUUUCGGAUAUCUCGAUUUGGACUACUCAGAUUUGGGUCUUUAAGGAUGGUGCUGGGACCAAAAAGAUUAUAGUUUGAAACAGCAGUGUGUGUUGAGGACUUGGAUUGGCUCUGUCUUUUGUGUAUUUUGAUUUGUCUCUUUUAAGUCUAGGAGGAGCUUGGAUUCUAAAGAGACAGCAAGAGUGUUAUUUGGUGCUUGUAUUUGUUUUUGUACUAACUUUUCUCUUCUUUUCUGGGAGCUAACAAUGUAUUCUCUGUAGGUUUUAGAUUGGAGAAUUAAGCUCUUUACCAAUCCACUCAGUCAGUGGAUUAGUUGCUUCACACACUGACAAUGGUUCUGAAUUUGUUUUGAAUAAGAAGAUUCUUUCUUGUAAAUAUGAGAGGUGAAAAUAUAAGAACUUGAGUUCGUGAAUAUAUGUUGAAUAAGAAACAAAGCUCUAGUUUCAGGCAUUCA